AUGAUGAGGCGAAUCUCAGCAAUUCUUUUCCUACUCAUUCACAUUUUGCUAAAAAACGCAGAUGCCUAUAGAAACACGAGUCUUUUAUGCUUGAUUCACACAGCCACUCCGAGCCACGAGACACGGGCGCACACAAUUCUGCGCACAUGGGCGCCACGCUGUGACGAGUUUCUCUUUUUCACCGACUCUCAAAUGUCGCCAGAAAUUCCGCACGUCUAUUGGCCCGAGUUGCACACGAGAGAUCACUCCUGGGAGAAGAUCCGUAAAGUUUUCAACUAUGUGGCCGAAAAGUAUCCACGAAAAUUCGACUGGUAUCUCCGCGCUGACGAUGAUGCAUACAUUGUUGUCGACAAUUUGCGAGCUUUUUUGUCGAAACAUUCGCCGAAUGUGCCUCACUAUUUCGGGUAUCGCUGGAAUUAUUUCUCGGAACAAGGCUACGCGGACGGAGGCGCCUACGUUUUAUCCAAACCCACCGUCGAGGCUUUCAAUCGGGUGAUGAAGAACAAUGAGUUGUGCCCGGAUUUCCAUCGAGCUGAAGAGGAUCAAGAGAUCUCAAAAUGUCUGGCAGCCGUCGGGAUCUACCCUGAGGACACUCGGGAUGAGAACGGCUCCGAGCGCUUUCACCAUUUCCAUCCCACUGAACAGUUGGAGAUGUACAACGACGCUUUCGCGAGGCGUUUCGCUUACUACACACCGUUAAAGGGUGUGAAAAACUUCUCCCCAUCGAUGAUUUCAUUCCAUCACAUUUCCCCAUACGAGAUGCGCAUUCUUGACUACGUUUUCUACAAGUUUAAGCGCCGAAAGCCGACAAGCUUUGCUUUAAAA